CUGACCCCGGAUUAUAAAUAUUGCAUAAAAACUCUCAUAAAAAGACGAAACCCGGACGGAAACAGCCAGAGAGAAACGUGUGUGACGCGCCAUGAAGUUCCCGUGCCACCUGAGUGUGCGGGACCGGUACCGCCCCCAGCAGGGCCCGGCGAGGCCCCGGGCGGCGGGUCCCUGCGGACCGUCCCCUCCGCCGCCACAGCCGCCCACUCCGCCACCUUCUCACCAUGAGGAGGAGGGAGGUUUGGCCUCGCUCCGUCCCCCGGGCGCCGCCCAGCAGCAGCCUAUGCCCAAGCCGACUCAGCCGCCAAGAAACAGGAACCCGUUCAGGGUCAUCAAGAACGUGGACACUGCAGACGGUUCGGUGAAGGCGCUGGUCCACAACCAGUUCAACUCGCCGAUGCCACUCUACUCGGAAGAGAAGAUCGCAGAGACCCUGUCCGCGCAGACAGAGGUGCUAGCCGGUGGAGCGCUGGGCGUCGACUUCAAGAAGAACGAGAAGAAAUACGACGGCAACAUGUCUGAGGUCCUGAAAAUGGUCCAGGACAUGGAUCAGAACCCGCAGUCGCACGCAGAGCCGCCGGAGGAGGCUGUCGACUCCGCUCCGCUAGAUCCUGAUUACAGCGGGCUAAACUCCAUCAAAUCGCGCAGUAUGCGGUCACUGAUGGUCAAACCUGACGGCCACGGGGCUCCUCAGACGAGCGUGCACGCACCCAGGAUCGUUCCGCAGCAGCAGACCAAGGUGCCGCCUCCAGUGGCUCCCAAACCGGCGGCGCCCAUGUCGCCGCAGCCCGCACCAAUGGCGCCGCAGGCCGCCCCUGCCAACCGAGGACCCCCGGGAAUGCGCUCGACCUCCGCCACGAUGAUAAAGACGGACCCGUCCACGGGCUCUGUCAAACUGGUGACGGCCGUUGAUACAGAGACGAAGCAUUUUAAUGCUUUCAACCGCACCCCGCAAUCUUUCAAGCCUUCUCCGGCUGCCGGAAGCUACCAGCCCAUCUCCGCUCCCGCUCCGGCUCCAGCUCCGGCUCCGGCUCCAGCUCCGGCUCCGGCUCCGGCACCCGUGUCGCCGCAGUACCAGACGCAGCAGUACCAGCAGCAAACCCAGCAGUUCCAGCAGCAGUCCACUCAGCAGUUUCAUCAGCAGUCCUCCCAGCAGUCCACCCAGAAGUCCCAUCUGUACGGAGCGGGAUCGUCGGGUAUCUCCCAAGUGGAUUACACCAGCUAUGUGCCCCAGAGAAAAGGCGGCAUCUCACACAUAGCCUGUCCCAAGCGCGCCCAUUUCAAAUGGCCCCCAGCACACGACCCGGAACAACCCACCGCCAGUCCAAUAUGGUACCCACAGGCGGGCAGCGGUUUGCCUCCUCACGACGCGCCAGACUUCCACACCCUCCACGACAUGUUGCAACCUGUCGUGGCCGCUCGGGAGAAGCACCAGCCACCGUUUGUCCCGCCGCCCGUCGGCCCUGAGGCUCGGGAGUGGCAUCCGCCCGCUGGCGACCCUGGGGCUCGGGACGGUGAGGAUAACCUACCCGAGGGUCGCAUGGGUGGCAGAGAUCGCGGAGAUCGCUCACCAAGUCCCUUGCCACAUCUGCUGCGUCGUAGAGCUGAGUUGGAAGUCGAAACAGCAGCUGCGGCCAGAGCUGGAGAUGCGAGUGAAGAGGAGUAUCGCGCCCAGUUGGAAAGGGUCGCUCAAAUGGAGAGAGACGUCAAGGCGUGGUGUCGGGAACAGCCUUUACCGGCCGAUGUGCCGAGCUUGAGCGAGCUGAGCGCUCAGCAGAAGAAGCUGAUCAGUGAGACGGCUGCCGCGGUGAGAUCCGGUUCUCCGCUGCCCAACAGGAGAGUCAGGAAGUUCGAACCAGCGAGAGACUCUGGGCUCACGCACUCACACAAGAUGGAGGAUGAGCAAAGAUUUGGGGAAGAACGAAGGAGUGAGGUGACAGGCGCUUUUGAUGAUGUCCGGGAGUCUUUGAUGGCGAAAGAGGAAAACGAACGACGCAUCACGGAAGCAGAGGCUCAAAAGCGUACGGAGGUCUCGAAGAACACCGAGACAGCCAGCGACAGCGUUGAUAGGCCGAUGCCAUCCGAUCAUUCGAAGGGAAAAUGUGUGAAGUUCGCGGUUCAGGACGACGAGGAAGAAUGCAGAAGGCAGACGGAUUUAACUCAAUCCUCGCAUAGCAGAACCGAACAGAGCUAUGAUAGAACAGAAAAAUCGUCCUCAAUGCAGAUGAUUCAAGAGUCUCAGUCUUGUUACUCUGAAAAGACUAACAUGUCUUCACAAAUCACACAUAUGUCGUCGUCCAGAAGUGAGACAUCAUCUCAAUCUAUGUCACAAUGGGAGUCCCACCAAAACAACGAAAAUUCCCCUCAACCAGAAGUGGUAGACGGCUCAGCCUACUCGAUGCCGGAGUCUGCCUAUGGCUCUCAGAGCCAAGAUGAGCCUCAUCUAGAAGCGGUAGAGUCGCCUCACGCUGGAGAUAUGAUGGACCAGUCCGAUGAAGUGUGGGAACGUCUCGACGCUUUGCGGAGGGAGGCGAUGUCAUCCGAAGGCAGCAGGGAGACACACUACAAUACCGGAGCCGAAGACACCUCUCCGCCUCCAUCAAAAGCAGCCGCGCCCAAGCCGGUGGUGCCCAAGCCGGCGGCGCCGCCAGCACCAUCUAUCGGCGGCCCGGGGAAGCUCGGCUUCAACGGCGGACUGCCAGGUCUGAGCGGCCUGGGAACUGGCGGAGGUGGCGGUGGUGGUGGAGGAGGAAAGGGCUCAACAGCGGGGAUGAACGCCCCGCGCCGCGGCCGGGGCACGAUGAACCCGGCCGCUACCGCCGGAUCGCGGAUCCCCGUCUGCCACACGUGCGGAAAUCAGAUCCGCGGCCCGUUCAUCACGGCUCUGGGUCAGUGCUGGUGCCCGGCCUGUUUCGUCUGCGCUACAACCAACUGCCGCUGCGAGCUGGAGCACAUUGGCUUCGUAGAGGUGGACGGUCAGACGUACUGCGAGAAAUGCUGGGAGACCAGCCUGGCGCCCAUCUGCUUCAAGUGCCAGAAACGCAUCAAGGGGGAUUGUCUGAAGGCGAUCGGCAAAUCCUACCAUCCGGAGUGUUUUGCCUGCGCCUACUGCGGAGGCCUGUUCGGAAACUCGGCCUUCUUCCUCGAGGACGGACUGCCCUACUGCGAGAACGACUGGAACGAGCUGUUCACCACAAAGUGUGUGGGCUGCGGAUUCCCGAUCGAGGCAGGAGACCGCUGGGUGGAGGCGCUCAACAAGAACUUUCACUCGCAAUGUUUCAAAUGCGCGAUAUGCGGCAACAACCUGGAAGGGCAGAGCUUCUUCGCCAAGCAGGGCCGACCCUUCUGCAAACACCACGCCCGGAUGUAAUUCUACACACUGCUGCGGCGUACUUCUACACCCUGCUGCGGUGUAUCUCUACACCCUGCUGCAGUGUACCUCUACACCCUGCUGUGGUGUAUUUCUACCUAGCCGCCAGUCAGCGGCGCGAACGCCUCACAAUAGGGCGCCUUAAAAGAAGACAAAGAAAAGAUCGUGUUGCUGUUUUGAGUUUAAAAGUGCCUAAGGUUUCACAACAACGAAGUGGCAUUACCGAGUGCCUUCGACGGAGAUGGUGUGUUCAGGUAGCCUGUGCUUGCAGCUAACGUUGCUUGGUGUGAUUGAAUGAGCCAAUGAAGAGGCUCUGUGUAUGCGUGAGUGGAUCUACGUGUGUUGAGGUGAACACACAGUGCGCACGCUACAUACGCCGGAUACGCAUCGUAUACGCUGCGUGGUUCAAUAUCUCAGCGCUUAGCACGUGCGUUACCCUCGCCGAACAUCGCUUAUGAAGAUCUUCCGGUGCGAUGUAGCGUGCCCUCUAAGGCCCCGCGGAGUAUAAACGUCGCGCAUUCGACGAAUGCAGCGUGCGCGGCGUAUCAUGCAAAUGAGUGCGUGGCGCACCUAUGCUGUGCGUGCGUACGCCCCGGCGUAUGCUAGACGCGUUAGAACUAACGCUACUCGCGGUGUGAACACCAAGUGCUGAGCGCUUUCGGCAGCGAAUUUGCCAUCGUUACUAGUCGACUAACCAGGAGUGUUUUCGCCCUCAACCGUCCGCUAGAGUCCGCGUGUGUCGCGUUUGUUAUAGAAAGUGCUUACGUGCGUGCGUUUUCGCAACAGUGUGUAUGCGUGUGUAUGAACGUCCUGGCGAGUGCUGUUGGCAUGAAGUGGGGGCCCCACAUGCCUAAGGAGUGGAUGCCUAUUGGGCCAGUAUUUUGGAAUGAUGUCUAAACCGAAGUGCCAGGGAAAAAGGUAUGCCAGCCUUAGCCACCUGCCUAUCCCUCUGGCUCCUAAGGUAGGGCCUUUUUUGAGCAGCUUUUCGUGUGUGUUUGCAAACAGGGUCGUCUUAAACGGCGCCGAGUGCCUUGUGGGAAAAACACGCUACACUUAGAAUAAAGCCGUUGCUGUGUCUAGGAAAUAACGAUGAUGCCACGGGAAUGAUUCAACAGUCAAUACUGCCUGUUCAGUAUACGUCUUGCUUCACCCUUUGCCGUGCGUUAGAUGUCGAAAAUGCGUUCUUUUGCAACCAAACCGGAGGCUUUUGGUUUUCGCUGUACUAAACAGGAUGUUUCGGUGACUUCACAGCACCUUCUAAUGUCUUUUCCUCGAUAUAUGGCCAUCCUGUAAACGACAUGUUACCAACCGACUUGUUAGCCAGUGGACCGCCUCUCUAGUCAAUGCUGCGCGCCGCGGGCAGCCCUUAGUGUUCUCCGCGGAUAGCCCCUAGUGUGUUUGUGUGACCCUCGCGCGGCCGUGUUGUUUGCCUCCCGCCUGUGACGGGCGCCGUGCUGUGCCAAUGUGACUGGCGCCUCUGCCUGGCGCCUGCCCCUGUCGGCUCCCGCCCGCGCCCGUCCCACUGGGACGCCAGGCCGAGGGCUCUGGUGGCAUCCGACAGAAACUGUUCACCCCUAGACUGACCGCUGGUUGUGCCGACCAGAAAAUAAACAUAAAAUAGACGGA